CGAGGGCCGGCCGGUUUGGCGGCGGCUGCGGAGGGUAUCUGAGGCUCGGCUGCCAAGCCGAACGGGCUCUGGCUCCUCCCAGUGGCCGGCCGGGGCGGAAGCAGGAGGCGGGGGCAGCGUGCGCGCUGCUGGUCUCCUCUCCCGCGGCGCUGGGGCCCGCGCUCUGCUGCUGUUGCUCCAUUCGGCGCUUCUCUGGCGGCUGGCUCGUCUCCGCUGCCGGCUGCUCCUCGACCAGGCCUCCUUCUCAGCCUUGGCCCGCGGCGCCGACCCUUCCGGCACCCUCCCGCCCCGUCUCGUACUGUCGCCGUCACCGCCGCGGCCCCGGCCCUGGCCCCGAUGGCUCUGUGCAACGGAGACUCCAAGCUGGAGAAUGCUGGAGGAGACCUUAAGGAUGGCCACCACCACUAUGAAGGAGCUGUUGUCAUUCUGGAUGCUGGUGCUCAGUACGGGAAAGUCAUAGACCGAAGAGUGAGGGAACUGUUCGUGCAGUCUGAAAUUUUCCCCUUGGAAACACCAGCAUUUGCUAUAAAAGAACAAGGAUUCCGUGCUAUUAUCAUCUCUGGAGGACCUAAUUCUGUGUAUGCCGAAGAUGCUCCUUGGUUUGAUCCAGCAAUAUUCACUAUUGGCAAGCCUGUUCUUGGAAUUUGCUAUGGCAUGCAGAUGAUGAAUAAGGUAUUUGGAGGUACUGUGCACAAAAAAAGUGUUAGAGAAGAUGGAGUUUUCAACAUUAGUGUGGAUAAUACAUGUUCAUUAUUCAGGGGCCUUCAGAAGGAAGAAGUUGUUUUGCUUACACAUGGAGAUAGUGUAGACAAAGUAGCUGAUGGAUUCAAGGUUGUGGCACGUUCUGGAAACAUAGUAGCAGGCAUAGCAAAUGAAUCUAAAAAAUUAUAUGGAGCACAGUUCCACCCUGAAGUUGGCCUUACAGAAAAUGGAAAAGUAAUACUGAAGAAUUUCCUUUAUGAUAUAGCUGGGUGCAGUGGAACCUUCACGGUGCAGAACAGAGAACUUGAGUGCAUUCGAGAGAUCAAAGAGAGAGUAGGCACGUCAAAAGUUUUGGUUUUACUCAGUGGUGGAGUAGACUCAACAGUUUGUACAGCUUUGCUAAAUCGUGCUUUGAACCAAGAUCAAGUCAUUGCUGUACACAUUGAUAAUGGCUUUAUGAGAAAACGAGAAAGCCAGUCUGUUGAAGAGGCCCUCAAAAAGCUUGGAAUUCAGGUCAAAGUGAUAAAUGCUGCUCAUUCUUUCUACAAUGGAACAACAACCCUACCGAUAUCAGAUGAAGAUAGAACCCCACGGAAAAGAAUUAGCAAAACGUUAAAUAUGACCACAAGUCCUGAAGAGAAAAGAAAAAUCAUUGGGGAUACUUUUGUUAAGAUUGCCAAUGAAGUAAUUGGAGAAAUGAACUUGAAACCAGAGGAGGUUUUCCUUGCCCAAGGUACUUUACGGCCUGAUCUAAUUGAAAGUGCAUCCCUUGUUGCAAGUGGCAAAGCUGAACUCAUCAAAACCCAUCACAAUGACACAGAGCUCAUCAGAAAGUUGAGAGAGGAGGGAAAAGUAAUAGAACCUCUGAAAGAUUUUCAUAAAGAUGAAGUGAGAAUUUUGGGCAGAGAACUUGGACUUCCAGAAGAGUUAGUUUCCAGGCAUCCAUUUCCAGGUCCUGGCCUGGCAAUCAGAGUUAUAUGUGCUGAAGAACCUUAUAUUUGUAAGGACUUUCCUGAAACCAACAAUAUUUUGAAAAUAGUAGCUGAUUUUUCUGCAAGUGUUAAAAAGCCACAUACCCUAUUACAGAGAGUCAAAGCCUGCACAACAGAAGAGGAUCAGGAGAAGCUGAUGCAAAUUACCAGUCUGCAUUCACUGAAUGCCUUCUUGCUGCCAAUUAAAACUGUAGGUGUGCAGGGUGACUGUCGUUCCUACAGUUACGUGUGUGGAAUCUCCAGUAAAGAUGAACCUGACUGGGAAUCACUUAUUUUUCUGGCUAGGCUUAUACCUCGCAUGUGUCACAACGUUAACAGAGUUGUUUAUAUAUUUGGCCCACCAGUUAAAGAACCUCCUACAGAUGUUACUCCCACUUUCUUGACAACAGGGGUGCUCAGUACUUUACGCCAAGCAGAUUUUGAGGCCCAUAACAUUCUCAGGGAGUCUGGGUAUGCUGGGAAAAUCAGCCAGAUGCCAGUGAUUUUGACACCAUUACAUUUUGAUCGGGACCCACUUCAAAAGCAGCCUUCAUGCCAGAGAUCUGUGGUUAUUCGAACCUUUAUUACUAGUGACUUCAUGACUGGUAUACCUGCAACACCUGGCAAUGAGAUCCCUGUAGAGGUGGUAUUAAAGAUGGUCACUGAGAUUAAGAAGAUUCCUGGUAUUUCUCGAAUUAUGUAUGACUUAACAUCAAAGCCCCCAGGAACUACUGAGUGGGAGUAAUAAACUUCUUGUUCUAUUAAAGUACCGUGUGCAGUUUAAAUUGAUUAGAAAUCAUUCCCAUUAUUGACAUGCAGUACUGUGAAAAGAGUUACUGGAGCAGCUACAUCACAUCUGAGUUCUCCACAGCAAAAAUCUACGGCUUAAAAGCUGAGUUGGGGAUAACCAAAAGGGACUGAAGAGUUUGUACGGGUAAAUAAUCAAGGCACCAUUGCCUACACUCAGACAGAUUGAUACUGCUUUUGCCUUUGCCUCACUUAUUCUUUAUGUAUAAAUUCACUGUUGCUAUUGAUGUCUCUGUGAAGAUGUAUGAAGGUGGGUGAGUUUGGGGGUAGUUAUGGGCUUCUUUCUCUUUGCCAGUUUCUAAGAACUGUUAGAAACACCCAUUAUUUACCAGUGUUACGUACUAUGUAUAUAUACUUUUUGGAGAAUCAGUUUUCUUAUAAGUAAUCUUAUUUCUCCAAAGGGUGAAAAAGAGAUGAACAUAUCAGAUAAAGGUAUAGGUGGGCUAUUCCAGCCACUUUUGAAGGACACUGAGGGUAUAAAAUGUAAGCUACCAUAAAAUGGAAAAGCACCAGGAAUUUGUUGAUGUACUUUUGAAUUUUAUUUCACAGCCUUGGGAGGAAGAAACUGUGAGUGGUCUCACAUGUCUAUGAAUGAUCUUAAAAUGUUUUCAAACCAUGUUUCACAUAGAUGCCAUGUUAUUCAAUGUCAGCUUGUUCAUUAGUAAGGAGCGUUAUCCUCCUAGCCUUAUAUUACCAGCCCCCCACAGCCUUGCAUAGAAUGUUUCUGUUACCUCCCUAGAAGAAACUGGCUCAGUGACAUUUCUGGUGUAGUGCAAAUAGAGGUCAAGAGGACAUUUUCAUCUCUUCUUUUGCUGGUCCGAGAAACAGCUCUGAGAUCCCAGAAGCCAUGAUGCAUACUUACAGCUUACAAAUGGGAGAGCAAAAAUGUUUAUAUCUUCUAGUAAACAGUUGUAAAAUGAGCUCUUAGAUCUAAUCUAUAGACAUAUUGUUCGUUGCUCAGACAUCUGUGAACAGUCUUGAUCCAUGCAAGAUGUUUGCCAAACUUUGUAAUCCUUUCUACUAGCUAUAAGAGAGAAUUUAAGAACUGGUGCAGGACUUGUUGCCAUCGCCACCAGUUUCUAACAGAUCUUUUAUAACAUUCACAUAAGUACUGUAGACAGUAGUAGACUUAAACUCUCCGUUUCUCUCAGUAUUUUAGCUAAGAAUGUUACCAUAUUUUUCUCUUACCAAUUCCAUCUCAGGUUGCUGCUGCUUUUCUAGUUUAAAAGGUCAGAUCUAUUAAUCAGGUAUGAAAUUUUAUUUGGGAUUCAGUGUUAGAUAAACAACAAAAUGAUGCGUGGCAAGAAGUCGUCUUUUUAUUCUGGCUGGUCCAGAGAACAAGAAAACCGCUGCUGGACCAGCAAGGGAAGAGUUUCUGUCUGUCUUAACAGAAAUCUGUCCCCAAGACAAAGGGGUACUUGACUCCUACAAAACUUAAAGGGUACAUUCUCUAUCCUGAUGAGGAGGUACUCAUUAUGGCCUUCUGGAAAGAGGCUAUGUUAGUGAUCUGGCUUAGAUUUAGAGUCAUGUUAUUUGAGAGCUAGAAUAGACAGCCUAUAAAAUGCUUACCAACAUGUGUCAGUACACUUUAUGUUUAUAUGAAAAAAAAAAAUUCUAGCCACAGUGUCUUACUAUUUUGUGUUGAAGCAAACAAUAGGAAUUUUGGGAAAAUAGUAAGAAUGUGUGUUCCCUAAGUAUGUUAUAUGGAACACUGCUCCACUGAGAAGGUCCAUGUAAAAAGGAUUAGGUGGUCAUAUAAGUUUGGGGAGAAUAAGCUCAGUUGUCCUUUCUUGGAGAUUCAUGGUAUACAAUAUUCAAAGCUCUGAGAAAUUCUGAAGUUAAAAACAAUUGCUAAAUUCUGCUUAAUUUAGUGUUUUCCUGAUACUUGUUUUUUGAAGACCUUUUAUAUAAUCCCUCCUAAUAUAUACUUAGUAUAUACUUAAUCGAUAUUGGAAAAAUUGUUUCUCCAAAACACAUCUUGGCAUGACAUAGUUUCUUAAAAAUCUAAAUUUUCUGGAACUCAGGAAUUUCCUAAUAUUUAGCACACUGUCUUCUUUUGCACAGCACUUUUUGCUUUGUGCCAUAUAGCAUUACUCUGUACCUUCACAGUAUUUCAUCGGAGCCACUGAGGAAAGUUAAAGGUUGCACUUCCAUUUUACAGUUAAGAAAAUAAACUCAUCUUAGGCAUGGUUCCCUAAUGAAUCUCAGAAUUAAAUUUCAGGUUUCCUUAGUCUAGAUUGUCCUUUCCUUACGUGUAUUCUGACACCUAAAAUUAAGUAAACUUAUGAGAUGCUUAUUUUUGACUAAGACUAGAAUGGUGGCUACCUGGCUAAUAACAUUCAUCAUUGGUUAUGCUGGGCAUAUCAUGACUUUAUUCCCAUUGCUUACCAUCUACCUGGGACACAUCUCUCUUUAAUUAAAUAUAUUCUUUUUCUUUGUACCUUUUAGGUAGACAGAAGAAUGCAGAUCAUUGAAAGCAUUAUUUAUUCCUAAGACAGGCAGGCACAGAAUCAUUUUUAAGAACCAAAUACCCAGUCCUGCCUUAAAGGCCCCAUCUAUGAUCAUUAGCUCUGUUAGAAAUAACAGCCUGGCAUAAUUCCUAAAUACAGGUCUGUAGAUGUAUCCAGGAGAUAGGGUUACACUGUUUUCCAACCUUUUUUUAAUCCCUUAAUCUUGAGGUAAACUGCAUGCAUUUAGUCAAACAAGCAUCAUAAAAGUUUGUGUCCUCACUGUUUGGGCUUAACCUCCUGAUAGCCUAUUUUACUGAAUAACUUGACCCUAACCUGUAGAGAUAAGAGCAUUCAAAUUAGGAAGGCAGGACUAUCCGUCUUUAGUGCUUUGCUCUGCCAUUAAACAACACUGUGAACUUGGUCAAGUCAUUUUUGUUGUUUAUCUGUGACAUGAGGUAACUAUAUUAAAUUUUCAACAUCAAAUCCAGCCGUAAAUUUGUAUUUUAUAAACAAGAAAAAGCAAAGCAGGAGACAGAAUGGAGAAGCUGGAUAGUGUUUUUUUUGUUUUGUUUUUUUGUUUUUAAGUUCUUUUAUUGUCAGAUAUGACACAAAGGGAAACAUCAAAAUGCACUGUAAAGUUAAAUCCUAGUUACCUUUUUGUUUGAAGCUGUUGGCAAGGUUUGACCACUUGAGGAAUCUUCUGCUGUGAGAUGACACUUGAAAAACACCCAUCAAAGUUUCCUGGUAGGAAUCUCUCUUUACUGCGUGUUUUUUUUGAAAAGCUGACAGAGAAUAUGCUUUGACUUUGACACUAAUGAAGUCACCUAUCAUCAAUUAUAUACAGCUAAUUGUUGGGAGCUAGAGCUAGAAUCCAAGCUUUCUGAUUCUCUGCAUGGAAGAGGUAAUGCUCUAGGGCCCUUCAGGGCAAAUCUUAAAAAGGAAGUUCUUAGUGUGUAAUUGACCAUCAGGGAUAAAUGGGCUUCGAAAGUGUUAAUUGUCUCUUUACUUACAGUGAGUUUCUAGAGAUAGGCCUGUCUUUCAGAAAUUCUCUGACAUCCUCUUGCCCAAUGUUAAAACCACUUUUCCACACUACUCCCCUCCAGAAAUCUCACUCAUAUGUGGCGAGGGCACGCCUUAGCUAUCACCCCAAUGGAUGCUGCUUUCAUUGACCCAAAUCCAGAAUGUAAUGGGGAACUGAAUACAAGUUGGAUGUCUCCACCCUUGGAAAGCACAUCUUUUGUUCUUACUGAAGUAAUUUAACACCACCAGAUGAUGGAGGGAUCACGAUAUCUUUUUAAUCACUGAAGGACUUUGACCAGCAGUAAUGGUGGCAUUGUUGACUCUUAAAUUUCUGAACGUUUCACUUAAUGGCAAGUGAAGAGAUGUGGAAUCCCCCAAAGAGUGUCAACAUGCUAACUUCCAACCCUAUUUUUAUGUACUGAAGAGGCCUCAGUGUCUCACUGAACUCUUAACCUUUUUGUCAGUGUUCCUCAAUACUUCAUGCCUAUUACAUAACCUGUAGUUAAAAAAUACAAUAUGUCCAAUUAAAUAAUUGGACAGUUACUUAAUCAGACACCAUGGUCUGAUGUCCAAUUAAAUAAAAUUAGAAUCUGGAGGUAGAACUCAAGCAUUUACAGUUUUAAAUCUCCCAGCCAAAAUAAAUUCUUACUGAGGGCCAUACCUAGCCUAUCUUCAUCAGACUUACAGGUGAAUCUUUGUCAAACCUAUAGGAGAGAAAUGCAGGACGUAGAGACGGUCUUGCUGAAGGUCUUAGAGCUAAAUUAGUUCAUAUCCAGGAACCAGAUUCUGGAACUGAUUAUACCUUUAUUAUGUUGUAUGUCAGACACUCCCAGGACCUGUUUGGUAAUAAUUAGGACAGCUGACAUACUUGUUGCUAAUUUCGAGAUCUGGGCAACAACUGUGUAGGCUGUUCUUUCAACCUCGUUCUUCCUACUUCUUUACUUUUCCUUCAGAGAGGAGAAAGCCACCCCUGUGCUGUAGCCACUGCUCCAGUUCUGACUCUAGCUAGGUCAUGAAACAGACUGAGCUAUUAUUGCACCAACACAUAAAUCCUCCUGCCAUUUGGGUAUUAUUCUUUAGAGAACUGGAGAUUACCUACCUGCAACCUAAGUUUCCUGAAUUAGAAUCAUUUGAGCAGCACCAUCUUAAUUAACUCAUUAACAUAUUUGUAGCCAGGCAUGGUGGCGCAUGUCUGUAAUCCCAGCACUUUGGGAGGCCGAGGCGGGCGGAUCUCUUGAGGUCAGGAGUUUGAGACCAGUGUGGCCAACAUGGUGAAACCCCAUCUCUACUAAAAAUGUAAAAAUUAGCAGGGCCUGGUGGCACGCGCAUGUAAUCCCAGCUAUUCAGAAGGCUGAGGUGUGAGAAUCACUUAAACCCGGGAGAUGGAGGUUGCAGUGAGCAGAGAUUGCAUCACUGCACUCCAACCUGGGUGACGAGUGAAACGCUGUCUCAAAACAAAAGCAACAUAUUUGUUUACUUUUGAACCGUGUGGUGUCUUUUAACUUUGUUAAGGGCCCUUGGUUAGCAAAAUUUUGAGUUUAGGAAAUUUGGCUAUUUCUUGGGUAUAUUAAGUACAACUCCAAAAUCCUCUGAGUUGUCUGGGAAGCCUAAACCUUGAGCAGUAUCCAAGUGGAGUACAUAUCUUCAAGAAUACAGAUUUUUAAGGUAAGUAGUUUUCUGUCUUUGCAUCUCCUAAGACCAUUGUUACAACCUUGAUAUUAAAGAAGUGAAUGUAAACCUCCUUUUGAACAUAUUUUUUAUAAAGAAAUAUUUUGUUAAUUGGAGUAAGUAGUAUUCAUUGUUUAUGAAAUCACUAUGUAAUUGUUAAUUGUAAACUGCAAUGUCUAUUUUGUGUUGUAACAAUGUUGCCAUAAAAUAGCUUUGCUAAAUGUGAAA